CUCGCCGUCGUCUCCUCAAUUUACUCCCACCAUGACUACUCGUUACCGAGUCGAAUAUGCACUCAAGACACACCGCCGAGAUCAGUUGAUUGAAUGGAUAAAGGGUCUUCUAGCAGUUCCCUUCGUUCUGCACUCCCAGCCCACGGCUGUAUUUGAACCAAAUGGCCAAUCUGUAGACCAGAUGUCCUCCGUAGCCCAGCGACGCUACGCUGAAAUUAUGCGCGAUGUUGAGGAACUAAUAAAUGAUCAUAUUGCCCAUCAGAAGGCGGGGACUCAUGAUCGAUCUAAACUCAAGCUCCUUGUCCCAUCAGUAGCUACUUUCUUCACUCCACUUAUGCUUCACGACGCAUUUAUUUGGCAGGACAAUAGGCGGUUCAUCAGCUACCGACGCUUCGUUCCCCCAUCCUUUAACGACAUUAGAUUGGUUCUCAAUACAGCUCAAGUAAUGAGUCUUGUUCGUGGAGGCCCUUUAGAGCUCGUAACCUUUGAUGGAGACGUCACGCUUUACGACGAUGGGCAAUGUCUAACCCCUGAAAACCCUGCUAUUCCACGCAUUCUAAGGCUGAUGAGGAAUGGGACGAAGAUCGGCAUCGUGACAGCUGCAGGAUAUGCAGAAGCUCGCAGAUACUACGGGAGGCUUUAUGGUUUGCUCGAUGCUUUACACGCCUCUAGUCUAUCGUUGGCUUUCAAACAAAACCUCAUCGUUCUUGGCGGGGAAAGCAACUACUGCUUCAAAUUUGACCCGGAUAGCCCCGACUUACUGAAAUUUGUACCCCGAAAAGACUGGCUGCUUGACGAGAUGUUGCUUUGGGAGGAGGCGGACAUCACAGAACUGCUCGACAUUGCUGAGGCUUCCCUCCGGGAUACUGUCAAGAACAUGCGACUGGAAGCUACUGUUGUUCGGAAAGAGAGAGCCGUUGGGAUUAUACCACAGGAGGGAGGCCACAAAUUCAGUCGAGAGGCACUCGAGGAGACAGUUCUGAUCGCGCAGAAGAUACUUGAAAUGUCCCCGGUUGGGCGUCGGCUGCCUUUCUGUGCCUUCAACGGAGGGAAUGACGUCUUUGUAGACAUUGGCGACAAGUCGUGGGGUGUAUUGGCAUGCCAGCGCUUCUUUGGGGGAAUCGAAGGAGGCAAAACGCUCCAUGUUGGCGAUCAGUUCCUCUCCGCGGGCGCGAAUGAUUUCAAAGCUCGUCUGGCAUGCACAACAGCAUGGAUCGCGAGUCCGGCUGAGACCGUGCAAUUGCUAGAUGAGAUUGACGAAUUGGACGAGAUGCAGCAGCGCAAGACGCGGUGAUGGAAAGCAUGGUGACGACAACCAGUUUGUUUACUGGGCAACGGGCCAGCAGGUGUUUACGAGAUGUAAAUUACCAUGCAGCCUGCAGCGAAAGCAGGUCUCGGGGGUUCCAGGAGCGCGUCCGGACUGGCUGGAGGGAUGGCCGGCUUUGCUUUGCUGUACACACAUGUACACAUGCAUUGGCAGCAGUGGUGACAGAUUUUAU